AUGACCAUGCAGCGAUUCCAGCAGGAGGGGGUUCGUACCUACGACCAAGCAUCAAGGAAAUUGAAAAGCCUCAAAAUUGCACCAAGCUUUGAUACUCCAAAACAUCACGUCACGAUAGUUGAUGUCAGUGCUAGCGAAGCAGAUUGUACAAUUAUCGUGCUCUCUGCAGAUACUGUAGCACAUGGGAUUGCAGCACAGAGCCUUUUUGCUGCUGCGAAACAACCGAUUAUACUCAUCAAUAAGAUGGACGGAAUUGAAUGGUCUGAAGAGCAAUUUCAGAAAAUCGUCCAAGAACUUGGCUAUAACCCAGAGAACGUUCCUAUCAUCCCCAUCUCGGCAUUGAAAGGUGACAACAUCACUGACAGGUUACCAUCUCCUAAAAGUCCGUGGUACAAGGGCUGGAAGAAGAAUGGUCAGAGCGGAACAAGUCUUCUGGAGGCCCUUGAUGUGGCGCUCGGGAGUUGA